AUGUCCAGGGCCCGAGGAAGAGCCCUUUGGGCAGCCUACAACUCUCGAGGCAGUGCAGCGCUGAACGCCGUCAAACCCUCUGGCCCCUGGGCCUCGCACCUCAAAAAGCUGAACUACACCGUAGCAAAACAAGGAUCCAUGUUGAAAACCCAUACCCUCCUGGCCCUUAACGAUAUGGAGCCCUGCCGUGAGCUCAUGGUCCGCGACAACCGGGACAGAACCCCAUCGUCAUUUGAGCAUAACAUCGCGCAAAGCGCAAGGCAUGUGGAGGCAGCACUGGGGUAUGUCGUUGGCGGGCUUUUCGACACCCCUUUCACUCACUGCAAGCGCGAGAUAGGUCCAUUCCCACAUUGUGUGCGAGUGGUAGGAUGUGAGCACAUGACAGCCUGCAUCGGCUGUCACUGGAAUGGGCCCGAUGAUCGAUGUGAAUACUACGUCAUGCCCGCCAAUUCCUCCACCGGUACGGCGAUUGUCACCCCAGAUGGCCAGCUCCUUAUAGACAUCAAGGCAGCUAUCACCGCUGCAGAAGCCUGUUUCUCAGCCAAUUACGACACCAUGAAGGACGCCGAGGGAGAGCACCCGUGCAAAGCUCGAAAACCAAGCUAUUGCCCUGUGGUCUCACAUUACACACCUGCAGGCACUAUGCUCCGCGAUUGCCGCACCUGUCGACGAGGGGAGCCCGAAGAAACGGCGGCGCCAAACCCGCCAACCUCGUCCGAACCGCACCUUCUAGGUGGAAUAUGGAUGGAGCUUGCAAGGUGGCAUGGUAUUGGGUCGGUGACGAGGAGGAAGCACUCAAGAAACGGCGACGGCGGCAAAUCUGGCAUUCUCUCGAACCUCACCUCUUAG